AUGCAUUACUUCGCAUUCCUCAUUGACGAUCAAUUGGACAAAAUGAACACUGUGGAUUUGCUGUCGUACAGAGAGCGGGUGAUAAAAAUUGCCCGCAACAAAAUCACCCCAAACAGAUCGAACUGUGUGGAAUGGAUGUUAUUUGAUACCACGCUGGCUCUACGAGAAAUCGACGAGUCUCUGGCCGAUGACCUCACUGAAGGAUUUUGUGCCCUCUUACGAGCUCAAACCGCGCCCGAGCGCGCAUCUAUCAAACACCUGGGCCCAUAUCUUGAAUGGCGAGAGGUCGAUGCGGGAAGGACGUUCUAUACUGCACUUAUGCGAUUUGGUGGAAACCUGCACCUCACUACCACGGAGCUAACACAGCUGUCCGGUCUAGAAAGUUGCGCAUUUCGUUUCAUGGGCGUCUUGAAUGACGUUUACAGCUGGGACAAAGAGUGGAAGGCGCACCAGUCUAAUUUGACUGAUGGAUCCCUGCCUUUCUCGGCUGUGUAUGUUUUGGCCCAAGAAACCGGCCUGCCUUACGCUGCAUGCAAGCGAUUGAUGUAUAGCUAUUGUCGAGAGUUGGAGCUUGUGUUUGAAAAGUCUGCUCAUAACAUCAGACAGGGCUCUCAGGGCUUCCCCAGACCCGAAGUCGAGAAGUACAUAAAGAGUCUGGAGUAUUUCAUGAGUGGAGUUGAAACAUGGAGUCAAUGGACACCCCGCUAUGAAGUUUCUUGA